UAUUAUACUACUUGUGUUUAUUGUGACUGGCACGUUCUUUCUCCUUGAAGGUCUGUUCCUGGGUGGUGGUGAGAUAAAAGUCCUUUUUCUCCCUCAGGCGCUCAUCCCUGCCUCUGAGAUCAAGAAUGGCUUAUUCUAGUUCAACACAGGACUUUGUCGCACUUUCAGAUCUGCAUCCAAGUCUUGCUCGUCCUAAUGUAAUCGGUGUGGUUAUUGGGAAAACAGAUGUCAGAGGCUUUCCAGACAGAAAAAACAUUGGGUCUGAAAGAUACACCUUCAGUUUUACUAUUCGUGAUUCACCAACUUACUUCAUAAAUGUAAAUUCUUGGGGCAGAGAAGAGUACAUUAAAUCCCUUUCAGAAAGCUUCAGAGUUGGUGACUGUGUUACAAUUGAAAAUCCUUUAAUUCAGUCGAAGGAAGCAGAAAGAGAAGAGAAAUUCAACCCUGUAACUCCUAGUUGCUACAAACUAAUCCUCAGUGAAAACCACUCAGUCGUCAGAACGUUUUCCUGUUAUGAAAUGGACACCAAACUGCUUUCUCUGCUGCAUCUGCCUGUCAAGGACCCUCAGGAUUAUUAUUCACUGGGUGAUAUCAUUGCAAAUGGACAGAGCCUUGAUGGAAGGAUCCUUAAUCUGCUUGCAGCUGUCAUGUCAGUUGGGGAGCCAAAGUAUUUCAUUACUUCAGACAAAAGGAAAGGUCAGAGGUGUGAAGUAAAGCUGUAUGAUGAAACAGAGAUGUCUUUUCCAAUAGUCUGUUGGGAUAAUGAAUCCAUCCAGCUUGCACAGAGUUGGAUCCCACGAGAAACAGUGAUAUUUGCAUCAGAUGUGAAGAUAAAUUUUGACAAAUUUAGGAACUGUAUGACUGCAACUGUGAUAUCAAAAACCAUCAUUACAACUAAUCCAGAAACAGCAGAAGCAAAUGUUCUCUUCAGCUUCAUAAAAGAGAGCGCACAAUCAGGAGGCUUGUAUGACAAAGUGAUGCAGCAGUCAAAAGACUCUGUUAACUUGGAGACUAUAGUUGAUGUUUAUACUGUGGAACAGCUGAAGGAAAAAGCUUUACAGAGUGAUGUGAAACUUGAAACCAUCUAUGGAGUUAUUUAUGGAUACAUUUCUACUCUGAACAUUGAUGAUAAUGCAUCUAAAGUUGUGCGCAACAGAUGUUCAACGUGUCGUUUCAUAGUGAAUGAAGUGUCAAACACAUGCACUUUCUGCAGUGAUACCUCUUCAGACCUAAAGUCCAUUUUUGCAAGCUUUGAGAUACCUAUUGAUGUGACAGAUCACACAGGCACUCUUUAUUCUUGUUACCUGUCUGACUGUGUGGCUGAGGAAGCAUUAGGAUGCACAGUCCAGGAAUUCCUCGCUCUUGCAGAGGACAAGAAGACUGCAUUGAAAUGGCAACUUCUUUUGGAACGAAGCAAGAUUUAUUUUAAAAUUACUGUGUCACCCAGCUGGAGAACUGGAAUGAAAGUAAAUGUUCUUUCAUGCAAACUGGCAGACCCUAUCGAGGCAAGUCAAACCUUGCUCAGGAAAGAGAUUGGAAAUAAGAGUUUACGCCAUUAAUAACAGCCAGGAAAAGACUUCCAUCACUGUAUUAUUAGAGGUAGAAUAUUGCUGUUGUUGUAUUUUCUAAGUAGAAGGAACACGCAUUACUAAUACCUGUAAGUGGGCUUCUGUGUUGAUCCUUUUCAGGUGAUUGUACUUUAAGAAGUGUACUAGGGCCUCAGCUAAAGCAAAGUUAUUUCCACUGAAUUCAACCCCUUGCAAGGGGGGUGGAAGCUUCCUCUACUGUUAGAGUAUCUCUGAAAGAAUCAGAAACAACAAAUAGUAGGAGACAGGUCUGUUGGAGUGCUGUGUUUUUAACUGCCUUGCUACUUACAUGCUACUUCUGUGUUAGUUCAGCAAAUAAAGACCCACUUUCAAAUAC